CAUGCAAUUUUCGUUUCCUUGUUUAUCCUGCAUCUUCAGCUGCUGCAGACUGCAGUAGUAUACCAAUCUCUUUAAAUUUCCGAAAUUUGCCAAACAGGAUCGAAACCUGGCACGUCCAAGAAAUGUUUUUUUAUGUAUCAGCGUAGCUUCAAAUUGUACUUGUCUAUGCUAGACAUCCGAAUAUACUUCAGUACGCAAGUUUAUAGAACAUUUCAUUGGUGGCUUUGACUGAGAGGUUAAAUAGAGCCAGCCUCUUGCACGCCUAGUUUUCUCAGUCUCCCACACAAACCUACCUGCACUAACUAGAAAGUCCAGUUCCUCAAGUUAGUCCUAGAAAACACUUGAGAGUCCUGUAGGCAACAUGGACCUGGACAGUAAACGGCUGGUGGUGGUUGUACCCAACGACAUGCUGUUGCCCUCUCGCAGAGCGCUGAGCAGCGAGGAUGAAGCAUGGAGGAGCUACCUGGAGAACCCGCUGACCGCUGCCACUAAAGCCAUGAUGAGCAUCAAUGGAGAUGAAGACAGCGCAGCAGCACUGGGACUGCUGUACGACUACUACAAGGUUCCAAGAGAGAGGAGAUGUGCCUCAAGCGCUGUUAAACCCACAGAGCCCUCUCCUAUGGGACCUGAAAAUUGCGGUAGCUUGGAGAUGCUGGACUACCAUCUUCACGCUCUCAGAUCCAUGCCCGUCAAUCUCUCCCUAAACAACAACACCGCUGCAGAGCAGCAGGGCUCCAAGUAUGGAGCUGCCUGCCUUGCAGGAGACACCAGAGGAGGAAAUGGUACAGGUGGAGGCGGGGCGGCUCUGGCUCUAGUCAAGACAGAGGGCCAGACGUCCAUGGGGUUGUCCUGCUCCGGAGGCUCUUACCGAGAGGAGCCCAGAGAGGAGAUGAGGAUGGCUUACGAGCAGAGCCACUACGAUUUGUCCCGUUCCGGGUACUUGAAAGAUGAACAAAGAGGCACUCCAGACAGCACUGAUGAAGAUGCUGUAGAAGGAGAGAUAUACCACAGAAGUCCCUCCUCAGGAGUUGCUGAAUUCCACUACAGCCCACCAACUGGCAGCUUCCAGUACUGUAUGGAGGCCAGCAUGUCGAUCCGGCCGUGGCAGGGAGAAGGACCCAUGGCUUACCUGAACCGGGGCCAGUUCUACGCUUUGACACUGUCGAAGGCCGGCUUCAGAUCGUCCCAACGUCAGCCCAGAGGCAAAGUGCGGGUGAGUGGACCGACGCCGUCAAGGGGGCCUGAUGAGGGCCCGUCCAGUAAUGAGCAAUGCACCAUGGGAGGCUCUGAGCUGCAACAGGACAGUAUUGUACAGAGUGUUAUCAUGGUUGUCUUUGGGGAAGACAAGUGCAGAGACGAGCAGCUGAAGAAUUGGAAAUACUGGCACUCCCGCCAGCACACUGCCAAACAGAGAGUCUUGGACAUUGCCGACUACAAGGAGAGCUUCAACACAAUCGGGAACGUAGAGGAAAUUGCCUACAACGCUGUCUCCUUCACAUGGGAUGUCAGCGAAGAAGCUCAGGUCUUUGUUUCGGUAAACUGUCUGAGCACAGACUUCUCCUCGCAGAAGGGCGUGAAGGGGAUGCCUCUGAUAAUCCAGAUUGACACCUACAGUUACAACAGCUGCAGCAGCAGGCCCAUCCACAGGGCCUUCGCUCAGAUCAAGGUCUUCUGCGAUAAGGGCGCCGAGAGGAAGCUUCGCGAUGAGGAGAAGAAGCAGCUCAGGAAGAGGAUGAAAGGGAAAAAUGGCAGCUCAGGGCAGACCUCUCCCUGUAAGAGGGGUGAUAACACGCUGUUCAAAACCAUGAUGGACCUGGACUCCCAGCCUGUCCUCUUCAUUCCUGACGUCUACUUUGGAAACAUGCAGAGAGCCGGGCAGGUGUUUGCUUUCAACACUGAAGAGAGCAACAGAGAUGGAAGUGUUGUGGUGAAACGGAUGGCAUGUGCUGCUGAGGAAGAUGUCUGCUCACCUCAGCCCAAGAAAUCCAAAGCGGAACCGGAAAGGAAAGUUCUGCUGUAUGUGAGGAAGGAGUGUGAUGAAGUGUUUGAUGCCUUAAUGCUGCGCACCCCAACCCUAAAGGCAUUGAUGGAGGCAAUCUCAGAGAAAUAUGCAUUACCUGUUGACAAGAUGGCCAAAGUUUACCAAAAAAGCAAAAAAGGGGUCAUGGUGAACAUGGAUGACAACAUCAUCCAGCACUACUCCAACGAGGACACCUUCAUCCUGUCUAUCGAGAGCUCAGCAGAAUCUUUGCGGGUCACUCUGUCAGAGAUCUGACGUUCGUUGGCCACAGCGCUGUGCUCCCCAGUCAUCACAUUGUCUGGCGGUAGCGAUCACGGGUGGGUGACGCUUUAGCCAUGCCGCACGCAGCAAAUGUGAACAUUGUUGGCAGUAUCAGACGAUGGCGCCAAAAUGUGUUCCUUGAGGAAGGCCAUGCAGGAGUCUCAGCUUGUUGUCCUACAUGGACCAUUGGCUAAACUCCAUCCACCAGGCAAAAUCCACCUCCACCUCACUUGCUGCAGUACCUGUUUACUACACAACCUUCUGUAGGAGGGCUUCUUGUAAUUAGGAACACCGGCUUGACUUUGAAAACUUAUUGAAGUGUCCAGAUUUGUGGCUUAGGGGGGAAAAUGAAUGAUAUUUCCUGGCUAACUACCAGCACAAGUCUUGAGUAGCCGAUUGGAGUUCAGUUCUUAAUACUUGGUCCAACAGAAGAGAGGCCUUAAUCCAGGUCCACCACAAAGCAUCUAGCCAGCUUGCUGUGGUUUCACAUGAAGAAGGCGACACAGUAUACAGUAGUCUUAUUGAAUUUACUGCAGCUACUUGUUUCUGCUGUGCCUUCUGUCCUAUUAGCUUUUCUAGUGGUAUAAGCUUAAAAAUGACUUAAUGCGAUGUUUUGGAAGGCUCUUGUUUCAAAGCAAUUCAACAAACAUUUUAUGCUGGCUCUCAACAGAUCAAGGCUUUUUGUUUUGUAUGUAACUAUUUUUUUUAGAUGUGUCUCAUAUAGCUGUUAUGUCGUGAUUCUUAGUCAAAAUGAUCUUACUCUUAUCUUUCUUGGUUGUCCAUCUUUUUUAAUUGAUUGGCCACAUUUAUUGCAUACUAAAUGAUUCCAAUCGGUGCCAGUGAAAUAUCAGUUAUCCCCAGAUAGUGAGUACAUGGUGAGGCACCAUUAAGGAACCAGACAGUGAGUCUCCAGGAUGCUGUUAAACUGUUUUGCUUCCUCUGUGCAUGUGUGUAUAGCCUUUCCUUCCAGUGAAGAGACUGUAGUCAUUAGUAUUUAUGACAUUUGUUGGGGUCUGACAGGGCCCAACUGCUCCAUCCAUCCAACACAAUCCAAUCCCAAUAUCUAUUUUAACAGUCUUAUCGCCCUUAUCCUACCCACUGCCUGUGUUUCACACGAUGAUGGCUUGAGUCUCCUUUAUUUGCUUCAUGCACCACAAUGUACAGUCUUUUAAAUAAGUCAAUAAAUAUAGUUUUAUAA